UUCUUCAGAAGAUGGUUAUUUUUCAUUGCCGCUUCUCAAGUUUCAUCCCUAUCUUAGUUUUCCCAAAUUUGAAAUUUAAUUGUUUUCCCUUAGAUGAGGACAUACUAACUCCACUCAUGUCACCCGCUACAAAUUUGGUGAAACUACCUUGUUCGAAUUGUUUACAUGAUAUCUUAAUUACAUUGCUAUUUGAAAGACCCUCCUUUUAAGUGUUGCCUUUGAUUUUUUUUUUUUUUUUUUAAUUUGUUUCUGGGUUGGUUGGCUUCUGUAUGAGUUUCUAUAGAUUUAGGGUUGCAGUUGUAUUAACUAGGGUAAAGUACACUUUUAGUCCAACUUUUCGUGAUGCAUUUUAUUCCAUCCCGAAUCUUCCAACUGCACCAACUUCAUCCUUCAAUUUAAAAGACUCUUUGAAUUUCAUCUUUCAAUACAAAUCCUUUUUAAAUUAAGAUGAUGGAAAUAUAAAAAAAAAUUAGGACAAUGGAGUUACAUGUUUGCAAUUAUUGAUGUUGCCUGCUUACAUGGCAUAUUAGGCGGACAAAUCUCUACGUCAUAGGUCACAUAUAUACAAACAGUUUUACUCUCUUUCUCUAACUCCACCCUUGUCCUUUCCUCUCGGGAAUCCCCCCCCCCCCCCCCCCCCCCCCCCCCCCCCCCCACCAACUCAUAUAUGGCUUUUUUAUUUUUUCAAUUUAUUUUGUCAUGUCUUCUGUAAAAUAUGCACCGUAUUCCCUAUAUUACUUGAUUGGUUAAAUAGUUUAAGAUCACCCCUGUUUACGGAUUAAAAAUAGAAUAUGAUAAAGGUCGUAAUCAUAGAUAUAUUACCAAAUGAGUUUUUUUGUAAGCGGAGCCUGGAUACUUCAUUUUUUUGGUCCAAUCAAGACAACUAGCCCAUAUUGACUAUUAUGAGAUCUUUUCUUGUAGUUGGUAUAUUCAAAAGUUUUUCCUCGAUUCAUUCUUCCAUGAAUUGCGCAAAAUAAAAGAGUUCAUCAAAAUGCAAGAUCUAAGAAAUCAAAUAAUUCAAAAUGACAUCAAAUUAACAAAAUUUUGAUUCCUGAAUACCCAAUUGAUUAAUUAAAUAUCUAUAAUAUACUCUAUUCGGCAUUAGGGGAUGAUGGAGUGUAUUGUUUUGAUUGAAGCGAAGUUGUUUGUGAUCAGAAGAAGUGGGGGAAAUAUUUUGCAUAGUUGAGAAAUGUAGAAAGUUCACGAAGGCCCUAUACCUCAGGUGGAGAUGUGGUGUUUGGAUGGCUAAGGCGGUCGAGGAAUGCUUGAAGUUCUUAGGUACUAGGGCACCUUACCGGACUAGAAGGGAGGGAAACAAAGUUUUUCUGAUCCAACUAUGUCAAAACACGUAUGGUAGGUUUGUGAAAUUGGCUGAGCUGGGCCCCCGAGCAAGGGGAAGGAUAUCAUUGCAAUUCCUGAAGGUAGAAAUGGAAGUGGAUGGGAAGGUUUUGUAAGUAAGGUAAGUGAACUUGUCGGUUCAAGUUCCUUUGUUUGUCUCUGAAAAUAGAGGCGUCUUUAACAAUGGCGCUGAUAAUAAGGCUCUUAAAGGAAAAGAGGUGAGAAUGGUUUAUCCUCACAGAGUGGUUUCUUCUUCCCAUGAAGCUCCUUACUUGUCAGCUUUGAUGAAUCCAGAGAGUGAUAUUCAUGUCCCUAGCAAAGCAUCUGGAAAAGAUUAUACCAGGCAUUAUGAGGUAGGGAUGAUUACAAGAAAUAAGAAGGAAAGAUCGAUGGAGGUGAUCAGUAGGAAUCUUCCUGUAGCUGGGGUUGACGGUCGGCAUUCCCAUAAGUUGCAAAAAUUAGGAGAAGUUGAAGGGUCAUUUUGGCACGUACGGGUAGAGCUCCUGGGGUGGAAGGAGAGGCUGGACACAUUGUUCAAGAUAGUAGAUGAUGGAUUGGGCCUAAUUACAGGCUUAGAUUUUGUUUCUAAAGAAUAUAAUGAAGUUACUAUUGAGAAGAAGAGGGGGUUGGAUGGGCUUAAGGAUUCUAAAGCUAAUAACAGAGUUGGGCCAGAUAGAGGCCCACUUAAGAGGCCUGUGUUUCGGAAAGACCAAAUCAGUGGCGGGCUUCAAAGCAAAUCAAGCCUGAGAAGGGAGAUGUUUCAGCCCAAACCUGCGGCAGCUCCAAUGGCUGGUCCGUCUUCAAAGAGUGGGUCGACGGCAACGGGCGAACCUUCUGGGCAUAUCCCGGCAACGAAUUUCAAUAAGGUUAAUGUGGUGAAAGGGCUUUUGACAAUCGCGACACCAUCAAAGGAACAUGCCAUUCAAGCGGCGGUGCCGAUGAAAGUUCUUUCUACACAAAAUAGGUUGACGGUCGAAGGCGAUUCUCCCAGAAGCAAUACGAUGGUAGGUUUGUCUCAGGCCCUCCUCGAAUUGAUUCCUAUUCUUCAAAGGGUCAGUUUUGUGCCGUUGUUAGGUCUAAACCCACAAUGGCUCUGGUGGAAGAGCAUGCAGACAGAAGGAUGGGACAGAAACUGGAGGCUCACUUGGGGGCACUAUGGGGUUGAGUUCUAAUUCGAUUGACAGGAAUGAGGUGUCUUCCUUAGGUCCAGUGACAAUGACAAGGAAGGCAAGUGUGGAAGAAGAUGUCUGUUGUGAGGGGUUGAGGGGGGUUGAGAAGUCUAUCUCUAAGGUUCCUUGUACUCAGUUCAAUUUAUCUGAUUUACAGAUGGUGAUUGGUGGAGGUGAAGGCUCUCUUUCUGGUGAAUCUGGAGAGUUUUUUGUUUCAAAUGAAAAUGAAGAUCCUGAUACUGUUCCUUUGAUUUCUAUUAAUCCUGGUAUCGAAUGGCCAAAUAAAUCUUCUGACUGGGUGUUGAGGAAGGUGGAAUAAAUCAGGAAUUGUGGGGAUUUCUUGUGAUGGAUUUGAGGAACAAUUUAGAGCUCUUCUAAUUGCCAUAAAGGCUGGUCAAUCUGCUCUGGCCAGAUCAGCUACCAAAAAGGAGAGGGAGUUGAAAAGAUUGGAGUGUACUAUUAAUUAUAACUCUAGGGAAGGGAGUGCCUUUAGAAAUAAAGGCAAGGAGAGGGCUGUCAAUGGUUCCUCAUGAAGCCCAAGAUUAUAUCUUGGAAUGCCUAGGGGCUAAAUGACUAUAGUUAACGCCUUCGGGUCGGUGGUUAAUAGCCUUAGUGGCAUGUCAUUUUAAGAAUGUGAAUGAUGGAUUUGAAUGGGCGUUUGCUGGAGUAUAUGGGCCAAACUUGGACUCUAGAAGAAGUAUUUUGUGGGAUGGAAUGGCGGGAAUUCGUUGUUGGUGGGAUCUCCCUUGGUGCUUUGGUGGGGACUUCAAUGUUACUCAGUUACCCUGUGAGCGAGGAGGGGAUUCUCAGAUUACUAAAACUAUGUCUGAGUUUUCAGAUCUUAUUUCCGAGCUACAGUUGGUUGAUUUACCCAUG